AUGGGCGAUGUUCCUUCAGAAAAGACAGCCGACGGGACAGCACCGGUAUCAGAACAAGGUGCAUCUCCUGCUUCAGCGCGACCCAAUGUCAGACACCAUUCCAGCUUCGCAGAAGCUCGAUAUGGAACCGCCUCUUCUCCCUUAAACAUGGGCAUGGGAUACUCGCUUCCAGGCCAUUCGCAAGGUUCCCCAUAUGAUCAGUCAAUGCAUCAGUAUCCGGCAGCCCAUGGGCAAGGCAUGAUGUAUCCUAUGCCAAUGCCUCCGUAUGGACACAACUCCGGCAUGACAUACGGCAUGCCUUACCCAGCUUAUCCGCCAUAUGUGAUCCCUCAACAUGGAACUCAUUACCAGCCACAUGGAACCCAAAUGCAAAACCUCAGUCCCGGGCAAAUAUCUCCAUAUGCCUCGGGCUAUUACCCUCCUUCGCCGUACGGGACCCCUUACGGACAUGGAGUACCUACUGGCCAGAUGCCCCAGGCUUCACCCCCAGUCCGUGCUACCUCGAGUUCCCCAUCUAAACCGGGCUCUUUGCGCAAAGAAGCCGAUAAACGAAUGGUGGAAUUGGAAUACGAUGUCUCAAAGACCAUCGUGGAUGGAUCGAAUCCCAUGAAAUCAGUGCCCCAACCCCUCUCUGACAAUAUUUCCUCUUUGCAACCCGCCCCGACCGCCCCGAGUACCCCCCGAGGGCCACCCCGAAAGCCAAAGCAAUCCGGCCACGCGCUCUGGGUCGGAAACCUUCCCCCAGGAGCCAACGUCAUGGAUCUCAAGGAUCACUUUUCACAAGAUGCAACAAACGACAUCGAGAGUGUGUUUCUAAUUUCCAAAAGUAAUUGUGCGUUUGUGAAUUACAAGUCGGCUGCUGCUUGUGUCUCGGCGUUGGCGAGAUUUCACGACUCCCGAUUUCAGGGCGUGCGUGUUGUCUGCCGAUUGCGAAAGGGGUUCACUGCUCCGGGGUCUGGAUCUGUAGGUGUGGCAGGUCCCAUGGUGAAUCAUGCUCCACGACGAUUGGACGAUAUUUCUACGGCCACGGCUACAGCUAUGACUACUACGAACCCGGGCGAGGAACAUACAAUCACACCGGAGCUCAGCUCGGCAGCGCCCGCUACGGGGAACUACCCGCCCCCGGCCCGGCUUGUCGAUCGGUACUUUAUUGUUAAAAGUUUGACGGUAGAGGAUCUCGAGCUGAGCAAGCAAAGUGGCAUUUGGGCUACGCAGUCGCACAACGAGGCGGCGAUGAAUCAGGCUUUUGAGACCACCGAUUACGUCUAUUUAAUCUUCUCUGCCAACAAAUCGGGUGAAUAUUUUGGAUACGCGCGUAUGAUGUCACCAAUCAGCGACGACGAAGAACUCGCCUUGGAGAUGCCAUCUCGGCCCGAUCCCCCGCCCGGGCCCGACGACCUCGAAGUGACCCUGACAGCGGCGACCUCGACAGCGCCCCAAGGCCGAAUCAUUGAUGAUUCAGUGCGGGGUACUAUCUUCUGGGAAGUCGAGUCGUCGGAAGAUGAGAACAACGCUGCCAACGAGAAGACCAUGGAGAAGAACAUGGAGAAAAUCGUGGAGAAAAGCGUGGAGAAAAGCGUGGAGAAAACCCUCGAACCCGAGGAUCCAGAAGAGGGCCAAACCUUUGGUAAACCGUUCCGCAUUCAAUGGAUUUCAACGGAGCGAGUGCCCUUUCAGCGCACUCGUGGCCUCCGUAACCCUUGGAAUGCGAAUCGGGAAAUCAAAAUCGCUCGCGAUGGCACUGAAAUCGAGCCGACGAUUGGCCGUAAGCUGAUUCAGUUGUUUCACAUACCUUGA